UAACACCCUAGAAGAAGCUUUGACAGUUUAGCUAGUGAGCUUGUUAAAGCAGUCAAAAAGGAGAAAACAGAGCAAUCCCACUCACACAGGCGCGAAAUCGUUGAGAGAAGACAAUGACAGCAGGAGGGUUAAAGAGCUUACUGAAGAAAGGCUUAGGAGAUAUGGCCUUCAACACCGGCGGAGGCGCCAUCAACUGGUUCCCCGGCCACAUGGCCGCCGCCACCCGCGCCAUCCUCAGCCGUCUCAAACUCUCCGACCUCGUCAUCGAAGUCCGAGACGCUCGCAUCCCCCUUUCCUCCGCCAACGCCAACCUCCAACCCCACCUCUCCUCCAAACGCCGCGUCAUCGCCCUCAACAAAAAAGACCUCGCAAACCCUAACAUCAUGCAUAAAUGGACGAGCUAUUUCGAUUCGUGCAAGCAAGUUUGCUUUCCGAUCAAUGCACAUAGCAGGAGUUCUGUGAUGAAGCUUCUGGAGCUUGUGGAGUUCAAGCUCAAGGAGGUGAUUUCGAAGGAGCCUACACUUCUUGUUAUGGUGGUUGGUGUUCCUAAUGUUGGGAAAUCUUGUUUGAUUAAUAACAUUCAUCAAAUUGCGAAAUCGCGGUUUCCCGUGCAGGGGAAGUCGAAUAAGCGAGCUACUGUGGGUCCUCUACCUGGUGUUACUCAAGAUAUUGCAGGAUUCAAGAUUGCACAUAAACCCAGCAUAUAUGUCCUAGAUACCCCAGGGGUUUUGGUUCCAAGUAUCUCGGACAUAGAGACAGGGUUAAAGCUGGCUCUUGCAGGGUCUGUGAAAGAUUCAGUGGUGGGUGAGGAGCGUAUUGCUCAAUACUUACUGGCAGUUCUGAAUACUCGGGGAACUCCACUGCACUGGAAGCACCUAAAUAACAGGAGAAUGGAUGGGAUUGAAUAUGAAGUUGAGGAAAAUCAUGAAUAUAGUCUGAAAAAUCUAAAGCGAAAGAGAAAAAACCUUCCUAAUAGAUCCGACUUGGUAUAUGUGGAGGAUAUUGUAACGGAAGUUCAGCGUGCACUCUAUUCGACUCUAACAGAAUUCGAUGGCAAUGUAGAAGAUGAGAACGACUUAGAGUGCCUUAUUGACCAGCAGUUUGGUGCCCUGCAGAAGGCACUAAAGAUAAACCAGAAGGCUUCAGAAGCACGGUUAAUGGUAUCAAAGAAGUUUCUUACUCUAUUCAGGAAUGGUAAACUAGGACCUUUCAUUCUUGAUGAUGUCCCUGAUGUCAUUCCUGUAUCAUGAAGAUAUAUUAUUGCUUCCCUUUCCCCCCUCUCUUCUAGUGUAUUAGAUUUCCUACCUUCCCACUUCUAUCAUUUGUAACCCAUAUAUAUAUCAUUCCAAAUUUUGCUGUAGCUUGCAAAUAGCGUAGGCAAAUAGCGAUGAAUUUAGUAAGAUAUUGAAUUUCUUUCAUGUGGA